GAUUUUUGUCAAUCUUUUGUUUGUAAACAAAAUAAUACAAAAUAGAUGCCCUGAAGAAAAUUACUAGAAAGUGCUUUUACAUAAAAAAUGUUAGCCUCAAAUGUUUAAUCAAAUUAAAUGUUUCACUGGUAGGAUUCGAAGACAAUUUGGGAGCAUGUCAUCACAGAGAACUCGACAUUUCGUCAAUCCUAAACCGGAUUAUGAAACAAGUUUUGGUUUUCCAGAAAUACCUUCUGCAGAAAUAAUUAGCAGCUUGGAUAGCAUAAUUUUAAAAAUCGAAAACGGUGUGAAACCAACAGAAAAAAAUGCAAGUGAUGGAAUAUAUCUUGGAACAGCUGGUAUUACCUACAUGUUCUAUCACCUCAGUAAAAUACAAACUUUGCUGGGAAAUAAAGAAUAUUUGAAUAAGGCAAUUGAAUACCUAAAACCAGCUCUGAACGUAGCAUCAUGUGUUUCAAGUAAAAAUACUGACAUGCCAUCUUUCAUUUUGGGAAACUGUGGAAUAUAUGCUGUUGCUUCAGCAGUAUAUAAAGCAGUUGGAGACGAAACUCGUAGUGAACACUUCAUGAGUUGCUACUACAAGGCAGCUAAUAUAUGCAAAGAACAAAAUUUUUUGAGCUGUGGCUCAGAUGAGCUGUUUGUUGGUAGAGCAGGCUUUAUUUUAGGCGCACUCUGGCUCUCCAACGAGACUGGCACUCCAAUUCCAAAGCAAGAUAUAUAUGAGAUGUGUAAAGUCAUUUUGAAAUCUGGAAGAACAUAUGCUAAAAGGCACCAGUCGCCUUGUCCGCUGAUGUAUGCUUACUACCAAGUCGAGUAUUUAGGAGCUGCUCACGGUUUAUGCUCCAUACUUCAAGCUUUAAUAUCUGUUCCUGGCUACUUAGAUGCAAACCCUACCGACGCUGUAGACAUAAAAAGUUGCAUUGAUUUUCUGCUAACGGUACAAAGCAGUGAAGGUAAUUUCCCGGCUGCUACAGAUGAAAUUGGUCGCACUUCCGACCUUGUCCAUUGGUGUCACGGAGCAGGAGGAAUUGCAUACCUUAUGGCAAAAGCUUACCUCGUCUUUGGCGAAGACAAAUAUUUAGUAUCUUGCAAACGUAUGUCUGACCUGAUAUGGGAAAAAGGACUGCUAAAGAAAGGUCCUGGCCUUUGCCAUGGUGUGGCAGGAAAUGGCUAUGUAUUUCUAUUACUGUACAGACUGACAAAUGAUCCAAAAUACUUAUAUCGAGCCAUUCAGUUUUACAAGUUUUUGGGAACAGGUGAAUUUCAAAGUGGUGCCAGAACCCCGGAUUAUCCUUACAGUUUGUAUGAAGGCCUGGCAGGAACUGCUUGCUAUCUAGCUGAUUUGACUAGCCCUAUGCAGGCUAGUUUUCCAUUUUCUGAUGUUUUCGCAACUUUCAGUGUGAAAUGAACUUUUUUAUCUUCUGCAAUGUAUUAUUUUUUUGUAAAUUUUGUAUAGACUUUCCAACAGGCACCGGUAUGGAAGUUAAAAAUGUUCAGUGUAAUGAAAUAAAUACUCUCAGAUAAAAACUA